AAAUUAAGUCAAGUAAAAAUUUCCAAAGCCGACAUAGCUUAGAAUGAUGAACCCUAGUUUGCAAAAGAGAAGGGUUUUGAGUUUCGCUUGGUUCUUGUGAGAACUUGAGAGAGACUGAGUUUGAGAGGGGGUGAGUUUGAAUCUAGUGCGAGAGUUGAAAACGAGAAGCCUAGUAGUUCCUGCGGGUUUGAAAACGAAAAGUGAAAGUGAAAGAGUUGAUUCAGUGGUCGCUGGAAGAUGAACAGAAAAAUUCAUAUUCGUUUACACGUUGGAGGAUACUGGGCAGCAGAUGGAACAUACAAUGGUGGUGGAACAAGAUGUUGUAGGAUUGAUUUUGUGGAAUCAACUUUCGGAAUGCUUAAAAGUAUGAUCGCAAGUGGCGGCUUUCCAGAGAACAUGGAUAAAUUCUCUUAUUUCCAGUCUGGAAUAGUAGAUCAGAGUAGGAAGGAUGUAUGUUGUGAUACAGAUGUGGUGGAGAUGGUGAACACCACAACUGAACUGUAAAGCAUAAAUAUUUUUGUUGUAAGAGGUGAUGAUCCUUAUCUCGAUGAUGUUCUUAUUGGAGGAGAUAAAGAGGAAGAAGAACCGAAGAGUGAUGAUGAAUGGACUGACUUUUACAAGGAUGAUUAUGUUGAAAGUGAAGACUCAGAUGAUGAUGAAGGCAAAGUUGAGUUUCUAGUUGGCCAAGAAUUUAUUUCACAAGCUAAAUGUACAGAGACAAUAGAAAAGUAUUCAGUGAAAGAGAGGGUCAAUAUCCGUUUUCAGAGAUCAGAGAGGAAGAAAGUAGCAGCAGAGUGUGUAGCUGAUGGAUGCUCAUGAAGGCUAUAUGCAUCGAUCAAUAGUAGAUCACCUAAUAUGGUUGUUAGAUCAUACAAAGGAACUCAUUCUUGCUACCCUACAGGAACUGUUACUCUCUACACUGCUCCAAAGAUAGCUGUUGAUUUUCUAAACGAGUGUAGGACAAACCCGAACCUUAAAGCUGACCAGAUAAUGCAGCGGUUGGCUCUUAAAGGUCUUCGUGUUCCUAAGACAAAAUGUCAGAGUGCAAGGCAAAUGAUGUUGCACAUAUCAGUGAUGAGUAUGUUGAGCAGUUUACAAGGAUGUAUGACUAUGUCGAAGAACUCAAGAAGACAAAUCCUGGCUCGACAGUAAUAUUAGGUACAAAAGAGAGAAUUUUUGAGACGUUUUAUACUUGUUUCGAGUCUCAAAAAGUUGGUUGGAAGAGUGCUUGUCGGCGUAUCAUUCACUUGGAUGGAACAUUCUUAAAAGGGCGAAUGAAAGGGCAAUUAUUGACUGCAGUAGGAAGGGAUCCAAAUGACCAAAUGUUCAUCAUUGCUUGGGCUCUUGUUCCUGUGGAAAACAAGGUGUAUUGGGAGUGGUUCAUGGAGUUACUGCGAGAAUAAUUAGGUUUAGAUCUUGGAAAUGGAUUAGCAUUAUCUUCAGACCAGCAAAAAGGUUUGAUACAUGCCAUCAAAAACGUGCUUCCUUAUGCGGAGCAUAGAAUGUGUGCGAGGCAUAUCUUUGCCAACUUGAAGAAAAGGCACGGCUCAGCUGAUCCUCUACAUAAGCUAUUUUGGAAGUGUGCAAGAGCUUACAAUAAGCAUGUCUUUGAGAAAAAUCUAGAGAAGAUGAAAACCGUUAAAAUUGAUGCUUAUGAGCAAGUGAAAAAGAGCGUGAAUUCAAACUGGUCUAGGUAUGUAUGUUCUCUUAAUAAUAUAUGUAUAUUUUGGCUAGUUUUGUAUCUUUUGGCGGUAAUGCAUCUUGUCAUUGUUGUUUUGCAAGGCAUUUUUCAGUGACGUUACAAAGUCGCCAGCUGUUGAAAACAAUAUUAGCGAGUCUUACAAUGCUAUCUUGAAACAAGCUCGUCGAAAACCAAUCAUUGCAUUGCUUGAAGACAUUAGGAGGCAUAUUAUGUCAAGCAACAAUGUGAAGAUCAAUGAGAUGAAUAAUGCUAAAGGCUUGAUCACACCAAAAGCGUUAGCUAUCAUAGAAAAGCGCAAGAGGAGUCUGAAGUGGUGUCAUCCAUAUCCAAAUGGCAGAGGCAUCUACGAGGUUGAUCAUGGAAGAAACAAGUAUGUUGUGCGAGUAAGAGACUGUGUUUCCUGCACUUGUCGGGCCUAUGACGUAAGUGGCAUUCCUUACUGCCACAUAAUGUCUGCAAUGUACGAUGUAUUCAAAGACACAAAGUUGUCAGAGACCGUGGUAUCGGAUUGGUAUUCUAUUGAGAAGUGGAAGCUCUGUUACAGAUCACUUAUUUUUCCUGUCAAUGGCAUGGAGUUAUGGGAUAAACAUUAUGAUGUAGUUGUCAUGCCUCCUCCUGAUAGAAUCAUGCCGGGCAGACCAAAAAAGAAUGACAGAAUCCGUGAUCCGAGUGAAAAAGACCGUUGUAAAGCAAGUCAAAUCCAAAAUGAAAACCUUGAGCCAACAGAAAAGAUUAUUGUGAAAUGUUCUAAUUGUGGAGCUCCCGGACAUAACAAAAGAACGUGCAAGGAAGCACCAGUCAAUCCGCCUAACCCACCAAAACCAGCUCCGGAAUUUCCUUCCUUUCAUGCCAACGUUAUAAUGACAUGUAGUAACUGUUGUCAAACUGGACACAACAAGCGAAAAUGUAAAGUAGCCUCGGUGUCUAAGCCCCCUAACAUGCCACAAGGAAGACCAUCCAAGAAACCGAAGACUUCAAUGCCAUCUACUGAAGUCGGCCCUACUGGAGAGACUUUAUAAAUUAGCUGAUUUGAUGUUAGGAUUAUCUCAGCUUAAGGUCACUAUGUUUUGAUGUUUCAUUUUUCACGGCUUAAGGUGUUAUAUCCUUCUUUUGGUGUUUUAAAUUACCUCUGGUUAAGGUCAUACGAACCAUGUUACUCUUCUUCCCAACUCAUCAAAUGUUUACAUUUUAUUCAGCAAAGUAAACGAAUAAUAUAUAUCUA